ACAAGCGUACUUCCGGUCCGAGAGUUUGUAAACAAUGAAAGGAGAGAUGGAGUCGUCAAGAGGUCUCACCUAAAAAUAUUACCUUAUUGGAUAUCCAGGCCACAAUAAAUACACGUUACAUGUCACACGCGUCUGCAAGGAAUCAAUCAACGGGGCAAGACACAGUUGCAAGCUUUUUCAAAAAUAUAUUUUUGUGUGUGAAAUCGGACCGCGUUUGUUCUGCCACAAACCAGACAGAUAUCAGACACAGAGAGGAGCAACUGUGAAAGGAACCCCUCCGGGACAGAAGCAUUUUAAAAUCCACACAAAGGUAAAUUUGGAGGGGCUGUCGUGAAGCCUGAGCCCAAUGGGGAACUGUCUGUCUUCUCAAGGAGCCGAUGAUCUGUCCUUGCUGAACGAGUCUGAGGGGGCGAGUCUGCCCGGAGAGCCUCCGCCACCCUACCAGGAGCGAGUGCAGGUGCCGGUGUACCAUCCUACGCCCAGUCAAACCCGGUUGGCCACUCAGCUGACGGAGGAGGAGCAGGUCCGUAUCGCUCAGCGGAUCGGGCUCAUUCAACACCUGCCCCGUGGGAUCUUCGAUCCGGGCUCAGAACCUUCUGAUAAGAAGAUCAAAGAGUGUGUAAUCUGCAUGAUGGACUUUGAAUACGGCGACCCAAUCCGGUUCCUGCCCUGCAUGCACAUCUAUCACGUGGACUGCAUUGACGCCUGGCUGAUGCGCUCCUUCACUUGUCCUUCCUGUAUGGAGCCCGUCGAUGCCGCUCUGCUGUCUUCCUACGAGACAAACUGAGAGUGCCCGCGCAUACCAAGGGUCACCGAGUCACGUCAGCCGAAAAAGCUCUGCACUGCUGGCCACAGUAGUAUAAAUAAAGGAAGGUGUGUGUAUUCACAGACUGUAAAACAGUGUUAAGGGCGUUUAAAAACCUUUUACUUGCAUGUCAAAGCGCUUUUCAAACAUAUAUACAUGUAAUGUGAAGUUAAACAAGGUGGAAAACCACCAAAGCAUCUCUGAUGGAAAUAGAGAGCGAUUCAAAGUUAAACCAUUAUGUAUUUUUUUCACGUUCCAACCAAAUUCACCAAAUGUGCAAUGCUUAUAAAAGGGACUCACAUGCCCAUAGUCAAAAUUUUACUAAUGAAGUUAUCACCUAAACCUUUUGAGUCUGGUGGGCGGGGCUAUGAAUGUGCCUUCAAUGGCUUAGUAUUAAAAUGCUGAAAACUUUAUUUAAAUGAGAAACGCAUUUGAAAAUUGAUUUACAUGUCAUGCUAAUAUUUUUGUCAUUACUUGCAGUAUCAUAACACACUAGGCUGUUAAGCUGACUCCGUACUAUAUAUCAUGAUCACUACAAAAAAUCUAAUCUUGCCUGUGUGUAAUGUAAUUUUGUGUUUAGUUGUAUUGAGGUUGGUGAUGAGGUUGUUUAUAGGUGGACUUUAAGUUUUGCCUCGUCAGCUGCUGUUUACAGUGGUUUGGGAAACUUGGUUGCCCAAAUGUCAGAUCCUGUAUGUCUCCAUGUAUAUUUGUCCUGUUCUUGUGAAUCGAACUUUUUAUUGUUUACUAUGAAUUAAUUUUUUUGAUGAGAAUAGUAAUGAUACAAUCACUUUCAAAUGCUGUCCACUAUAUUUUAAGUGGAUGUUUUACAGCAAUUCCUAGUACUUCUACAUUUUUCAUGAUUAGUGCAAAAAUGUUUGAAAUUAGUAAAAUGGAAGAAAGCAAAAUCUGUGAAUGCUGCUGUCAGUUCUGAUCAUGCUUGUAAUGUCAUUGAAUCUUUUUUUUAAUAUGUCCUCUGUAAAAAAUGAUCUUGCAAAAAAGAAGCAGUUUUGUUUGUUUAGUUCUGGGACUGGUUAACUAGACCAGACUGAAUUAAUAUCCUAAAACCAGCCUAGAAAGUAAAAUGCUCUUAGACUUCAUUGCUUUAUCCAGUGAUAUUAUUGGUUCCAAAUUAAAAUGUAGCUCUAGCACCUAUGUGAAGUACAAUCAUCACAACAUUUGAUGCAUUUUGUUUCAAAUAAAAAAAAAUAAUAAUUUAAUAAAUUGCUUGUUGGUGCCAUAUAAAUGUACAGUAAGUUUGAAAAAAAGGGAUAAAGCUAAAUAAAUAACCAUUUAUAAUA